UACGGUUCCUAGCCUUAAAAAACUGUACUGUGAAGUUAGGAAAGAUUGGCGGAGUGGAGUGCAGAUGCAAGAAGGUAUGCUUGCUGUGCGCAGGCCAGCCCGUGGUACACCAGAGAGCCGCGACGAGGAGGGCACCAAGACGCGGAAGACAGCCUUCCAUCUCGGCGGAUUAGCAGCCAGACUAUUUAACUUCCGGUCGGAGAACUUCCAUAUUGGACUUCCCCUCGUCAUCUCCCUUCUCCUUCUUUUCCUUUUCGUUGCCUUUCUCCUUAUUCAAGAUUUGUCCCGCCCGGCCGUCUGCAUCUACUCCGACGCCCGUUCUUCUCUCUUUUCCCCCGGUGGAGUUGGUCUCGCCUUCAAUUUCGGAUCCCUCGGUAUUCCUUGGUGCAGAUCAAAACAAGGAAAGACUGUUGAAUGGACAAACAAGGAUUUGCUUAAAGGGUUAGAGGAAUUUGUACCCAUCUAUGAGACACGACCUAUCAAGAAUAACAUGUAUGGAAUGGGCUUCGACCAUAGCUUUGGACUCUGGUUUAUGGCGCGUUGGCUGAAGCCAGAUUUGAUGAUCGAGAGUGGUGCUUUCAAGGGGCAUUCAACAUGGGUAUUGCGGCAGGCCAUGCCUGAUAAACCAAUCAUAUCUCUCACACCUCGUCACCCAGAAAAGUAUCUAAAGAAGGAAGUUGCUUAUGUUGAUGGUAACUGCACUUAUUUUGCCGGGAAGAACUUUGUGGAUUUUGGAAGCGUUGAAUGGGACAAUGUACUAAAAAAGCAAGGAAUUUUGAAUAAUAGUCGGGUGCUUGUCUUCUUUGAUGAUCACCAGAGUGAACUAAAGAGAUUGAAGCAGGCUCUGAAGGCUGGUUUUCGCCAUCUCAUCUUUGAGGAUAAUUAUGACACGGGGACUGGAGAUCAUUAUUCUUUAAGACAGAUAUGUGAUCAAUAUUACAUCAGAGGUAAGCG